CGCGUGGAUACAGCACCAGAAGGUCCUAGGGUGUGCGGCCUGCGGGGACCACAAGACCCCUGACCCUGCCCGGGCCUGCCUCCUCCAGAUCCUUGCCGGGGGCGGUGGAUGGAGCCCAGGAGCCUGGCUCCCUGUGGACUUGAGGUUCGGGCAGCAGCCAGGACAGCAUUUCAAAGGCCAGAAGAUGAAGGUCGCUGUGUUCGACCUUGGGUCUUUCUUUGCCAAAAUCUUCAAGACCUCGACGGCGCCCCCGGCAGCCCCCUCGCCGGUCACCUCCUCCAGCCACUCCCGAGGCGCUGCCACUGCAGGGCGGGCGGGCUCCAGCGCCGGCACCUCGCUUAGCACAAUCCCGACUUUGACCCUCUUUCCUGCCCUGGCGCCCGAUUCCCCCUCCACCUCGCGGGGAACGCCAGUCCUGCUACCACAGACACCCGCCCCGCUCCAUCCUCUGCUCACCGCCUCCUACCCCCGGGUGUCCGUCGCGGGCCGCGCGGCAGAAGCAGUAAGGACGCCCCUCUCACUGCCAAGUAGCCCGAGAGCAGCCAAAGUCCAGUCCUCGCCCCUACCCCAGCCCCUGCCCCUGCCCCCGGCCCCCUCCAGCUGCUGCUGCAGCGAGGCCGGCUCCCCCGCCCGCCUUGCGGCCGCGGCGCGGCCGCCCCCCGGCCCCGGAGGGGUCUGGGCGGCGCUGCCGUCCAUCGCGGGCGCCGCUGGCAGCACCAGUGCGGCCGCGAGCCCAAGGAACCCUCGCCCGCCCGGCCCCGGGGAGCGAGAGCCCAGUCCUUGGGUGCCUCCCGGGCCUGGCCCCAAGACCCUGUUCCUCACUCUGCCAGACAUCGGCGAGGAGUGGACCUCGGACGGCGACUCGGAGGACGACAGAGAAGCAAGAGGACUGUCAGAAGGAUCUGGAAAGCAGAGUUUGGCUGUGAAGAGCAAAGAUCCUUUACCUAUACAGUUUACAAGAAAUGUCCAGAAAGCCAUUGAUAAAUAUAGCCGUGAAUCCAGGCCAUCAUUUUCAUCAAGUGGAAGCCCCACGCCCACUGAGGCCCCCAACUCUUGGUCCGGGUCUGGGACACAGAGUUCAACCACUGGCUUAUCUACUGAGAGGAGCUCCGUUUACUCUUGGAGAGAUGAUGAAUUUGACAAAGCUAAUGCACAAAAAGUACAGCAGUUAUUCUGGGCGGUUGAGGAAAUGCUGUUUGAAGGGAAAGUAAGCCCUCAGACCCAGAAUCUACUAGCUGAAUGCAGUGAGUGGGCAAGAAGGUCCCUCCAUCUGAGAGUAUUAGGAAGACAGCUCAUCCUGCCCACUGAUGAAGGGGUCCAGCAUUUCCAGGGCAGCAGACCUGCUUCUGCUGUCCAGAGACCCUUCUCUGAUGCCUGCACACACAAGAGCAAUGUCAGAGAGUUGUGCAUCUCUGGCUCUCAAAUAGUCUUGGCAUCGCUCCCAGCCCCUGCCCCGCCAGGGCCUGAAGGCACAGGAGUUGCCGACCUGCCAGCAUGUUCUUCCCUGGAAGAAGAGGUUUAUGGCAUGGAUGGAAAGAUUGAAGAGUAUUUCGCUUUUGACAGAAAAGAAGACGAUGAGGACUGUCUUGAAAAAAGAUCGGCUCACCAUCACAGCACAUGGCGUAAACACGGACUUCCUCCUGUGUCCCCGCAUGACUGUAUCAGAGAUGCAGUGGCUGUAGAAGUGUUUGAUCACGUCUGGACAGAUGUGGUAAAAAUACUGGAAACGCUGAUUAGAAAACACUGGGAAAUUACACUCACAGAAGGACAAAAACCGAAAGAAAAAUUGAAAGCAGCUGGGAAUAAAUCUCCACCUGUAUUCCUAUCCCAUGUUAAUACUGAUGUGUCAAGUGUCCCCCCAUCCAGAAAUUCUCAAACUCGAAGUGUAUCCCUGGCUUCUCAUCUUAAUCCUCUUCAGAUUCAUCGCUUUUCCAACAAUUUUUAUAGUGACUUGAAUGGGGUGAUGACAAUUCAAGCAAAACCACUUCAGCAGAGACCUACCUAUUUUGCAGAUAGAACACAGAAUGAACAGGAGGACAAAGCUCUGGGUGUAGGGGCCAGUGCUUUUUCCUCAGCCCAGCAUCGUCUGGCCCGGAUCUCAGAUGCUCGCGGACUGCAGAUGCCCGCAAAGAAAACACUGGCACACAGGAGGCUGCCUUCGCUUACUUCAGAUGCACAGAGAAUAAAAAUCCCUAGUGUGUACAGUGAUGAAGUUCUUAGGGGAACAAAACUGCAAACUGGCAUGGAUCGCACAGCCUCCCCACCAGUUCAGACCUCAAGGAGCAGGUUACCCCCAAUAGGCUCAGAGACGGGGGAGCAGAAUAUGCCACUGCCCGGAUCCCACCCUGUUGCCUUCAGAGGAAGGCAUCCACAAAACCGUGUGUUGAGUGCAAUACCUGACAGUGUAGAACGAUCACCUCUUCGAGAAAGAUCUCUGACCGUGGAACAACUUUCACGGCCCAGCACAACUCAUACAUUUCAGUCAGAUACACCUCGAAAAAGUUCAUUGACACUGAUGGAGUUUGCUGGUCACAUGUGGACAGGUCAAAGUUUUUUGACAGGUUCACACUAUCCGCCUAAAUCUUUUCAGAGGACAACUUUGUCUUUAAGAAAAAGAUUCCAGGUGGCCUCUUGAUGUGGCGUCACCAGAAGGACAAUACUUGCUGGAACAUUCAAAGCCUCACCAUCUACCCCUUGAAAAAUGCAAGAAGUAUUAUGUUUUGUAUCUGCCUGACAGUCUGAGAUGUUAGACCACCUGAGAGAAAUGCAGACAAAUAAGCAAUUUAGUUUUGAACACUUUGCGUUGUGAAGAGAAUACAAGUCAAACUCUCCAACUUUCGAAUUGAUGGGAAGAAUUUCAAUAAAGAUUCUUUGGGUUUAGCUGAGAA